AUGCCUUCCGCUCAUGCCAUCUAUCCCAGCCUGCGGAGCAAGACAGUGCUUAUCACGGGCGGUGCAGAAGGUAUAGGUUCUGCCACCGUGGAACUCUUUUCUCUCCAGGGUUGUCAAGUCAUCUUUCUCGACAUUGCUGAAGACUCGGCCCAGAAAACAAUUGACAGAGUUAUUUCUCGAUCUAAAGACAGCGAUUCCCCAAUCAAAGCACCAAUCUUUUAUAAGUGUAGCGUCGCAGAUCUACCUGAACUAGAGGAAACUGUCAAGAGCAUCCAUGAUAAACAUGGUGCGAUACACAUAUUAGUGAACAAUGCAGCAGCCGCUGGAAACAGAGCCAGACUCACCACGGAGAAUGUCACGGCAGAUGACUGGGACUUUAACGUCAACACCAACCUUCGACAUGUUUUCUUUCUCACUCAAGCCGUGAUCCCGGCGAUGAAGGAGGCAAGAAGAGGGAGUAUCAUUAACCUUGGUUCUAUCACUUGGCGUAUCCCCGCCCAAGGCACUCCAGUUUAUGGUGCCUGCAAAGCUGCUAUCAUGGGCCUCACGCGUACACAGAGCAAAGAAUUCGGCAAGUACAACAUCCGAAUCAACAGUGUCAUGCCUGGGGCCAUUGCGACGCAGCGACAGAGAGACGAGGUUCUGACGCCCGAGUAUCGUGAGGAGGUGAUGCGGGGCCAGAGCUUACAACGGGAUCUUGAGCCCGAAGAGGUAGCUAAGGUGAUUGUUUUCUUGGGAAGUGAUGAAGCCAGCGCCGUUACGGGAAGUUCUUAUGUUGUUGAUGGCGGCUGGUGCAGCGACCCUUGA